AGCUUCCGGUUUUGGGUGCUGGCAGUUCCUGCCGUCGCUCACGUGACUGUGCGACCCGGGGAGCGAUGGCGGUGCGGCUGGCCGGCAUCCUGCUGCUGCUCGGGCUGACGGCACGCGGGCCCGCGCCGGCACGUGCCGGGAAGAUGAAGGUGGUGGAGGAACCCAACACAUUCGGGCUGAAUAACCCGUUCCUGCCCCAGGCGAGUCGCCUUCAACCUAAGAGAGAGCCUUCGCCUGUGUCUGGGCCCCUGCAUCUCUUCAGACUUGCUGGCAAAUGCUUCAGCCUAGUGGAGUCGACGUACAAGUAUGAGUUCUGCCCUUUUCACAACGUGACGCAACAUGAGCAGACCUUCCGCUGGAACGCCUACAGCGGUAUCCUUGGCAUCUGGCACGAAUGGGAAAUUGCCAACAAUACCUUCAAGGGCAUGUGGAUGACUGAUGGGGACUCCUGCCACUCCCGGAGCAGGCAGAGCAAGGUGGAGCUCACCUGUGGAAAGACCAACCGACUGGCCCAUGUGUUUGAGCCAAGCACCUGUGUCUAUGCGCUGACAUUCGAGACCCCCCUUGUGUGCCAUCCCCACUCUUUGUUAGUGUAUCCAACCCUGUCGGAGGCCCUGCAGCAGCGCUGGGACCAGGUGGAACAGGAUCUGGCAGACGAGCUAAUCACACUGCAGGGCUAUGAGAAGUUGCUGAGGGUGCUUUUUGAGGAUGCUGGCUACUUAAAGGUCCCAGGAGAAACCCAUCCCACCCAGCAGGCAGGAGGUUCCAAGGGCCUGGGGCUUGAAACCCUGGACAACUGUAGAAAGGCACACUCAGAGCUGUCACAGGAGGUACGAAGACUGACCAGUCUGCUGGACCAGCAUGGAAUCUCCCACACUCAGCCCACAGCAGAAAUCGCCCACUCUAAGCACCUGGGUCAGCAGGUCCCCACAGGUGCUACCUCAGAGCAGCUGCGGGGUGAUCCAGGACUACGUGGGAACACCCUGUGAUCCAGGUGGCAGGAGAGAUAAAGAAACAUCCUCAGUGGCAAAUGUCCUUCCAGAGAGGACAGGUGUGGUCUCAGCGGGUGCACAGAACUGGUGUGGUGGGGACAUGACUUCUUUUGGCAUCUUCUAGGUCAGGCAGGGUCACUGACAGACACAGCGACCUGCUGGCUAACCUUUGUUGUGCCCAGAAACACAGACAGAAUAAAUUUCAAAGUUUUAAUCUCAUACUGAUAAAAAAUAACUCCAUGAAUUCUGUAAACCAUUGCAUAAAUGCUAUAGUAAAAAAAUUUAAA